AUGGUUCAGGAAGCGCUUCGGGUAGCAGCAAAGGCUGUCGUUCUUGACUUACAGCCUGAGAUGAAGAUAAUGAAGGAAAUCAAGCUGAAAGGAACUCCUCUAAAAAUCAAGCAGAGGAAGUCUCUUAUCAAGUUUGAACCAGAAGAUGUUGAUGUUGUUGAAUUUAUAGGUUCACCUAUUUGGACUCAGAGUGGAAAUCGGGGGCAUGUUAACGAGGCGGCAAAGAGAGACGGGAUUGCUAAAUGCACGUUUAAGAGGAAAAUGCGUAUGAGUGACAUUGUUUUCAUGCGUGUGUUGCAUGAAGUCGAGGCUGCUCGCUUCUUCAACUCGUUACCAGCCCCGCUGAAACCACAUGAAAUGGGACGGCUUAGACUUGAGCAACGUCGUGGUGUAGAGAUCAUGGAUGUGAAUAUUUGUCCUAUUUUUGGUACAACUGUUUCCCUAGUGAGGAACGAGGCUGGAACCUACAUUGCAACUGACGGUUGUGAGUUUAAAUAUUUGAAUCCAAGAGCAGCACGGAUUCUCAGAAGAUCAGGAAUACCCCAAAAGCCCAGCACCGAGGAGAGGGACAAGAUCUAUGAAAUUAGUGACAAUAUUUUUGCUGUGCCAAGUGGAUGUGGAGGUUGGUUCAAUAAAAUCAUCUACAGAAUGAGCAAUAAAGAUGACCUCAGAAUAUAUCGUAAAGCUAUUGGUAAAGGUGAUGGCAUUCCUCUUACAGCCAAAGAAUGUGCAGAUUACGCGAAACAUCUUUUUGAAAUGCCGUACGAAAAGCUUCCUAGUGAUAUGAAACAGGGUCCUGUUGGAUUUGACUUGAGUCACUACAAGAAAGCAUGGCUUAGGCAACUAAAAUGUUAGCGAG